GAUGCAGGAGCUGAGCGGAAGGUUCCGGGUGGUGGCCCUGGACCUGCGCGGCUGCGGCGCGUCGGACAAACCUCCGGGCAGGGACAGUUACCGGCUGGAGCUGCUGCUGGGGGACGUGUGCCAGGUCAUCGAGGCCCUGGGGACACCCCCGGGGACACCCCCGGGGACACCCCCGGGCCACCCCCGCUGCGUCCUGGUGGGGCACGACUGGGGCGGGGUCCUGGCCUGGGAGGUGGCCGCGCGCUGGCCCGGCCUGGUGGAGAAGCUGGUGGUGAUGGACGCCCCUCACCGCGGAGCCAUGGCAGAUUUCAUGGCCCAGCACCCGUCACAGCUGCUCCGCUCCAGCUACAUCUUCCUGUUCCAGCUGCCCUGGCUGCCCGAGCUGCUCCUGUCCUUGGCUGACUUCCUGCUGGUGAGGACGUUGCUGACGGGGCCCUGGACGGGGAUCCGGGACCCGGAGCGGCGCCUGACGGAGCAGGAGCUCGAGUGCUACCUGUUCGCCCUCUCCCAGCCCGGGGGGCUCAGCCCCCCCCUCCACUUCUACCGAAACAUCUUCCGGGACACCCCGAUCCCGCGGGAGCCGCCCCCGCCCCCGACGCUGCUGCUCUGGGGGUCCCACGACGCCUUCCUGGACCCCCGCAUGGCCCCCGCCCUGCUCCGCAAGCUCCGCCCACAAUCCCGGCUCCGCCUCCUGCCCGGCGCCAGCCAUUGGCUGCCUGAGGAGCGGCCCCGCCCCCUGGCGCAGCUGAUUGGGCAGUUCCUGGGCGGGGCCCACCUGGAGUCGUAGCCACGCCCCUGGGGGGGGAUUGACCAAUGGG